AAACGAGCGUUUCGCGCGUCGUCAUUUUAUACACGCUCAAUCCACGCGAUGCUCGCUCCCGUGGAUUUGAAGUUUGGCCCAACGCGGCUUCCGGAGCGACACUUUUUUUAGCACGUGAUCACAACACGCUACGAUUUUUCCCGCGAAACCGCAGCGAGAGUCCCGCUGCUGGUCCGGUUCCGGGACUUUUUGACUUUCCGUGCGCGCUGUUCGUGUUUCACGGUACCGGAAUGUUUUGUGAGAAAGCCAUCGAGUUGAUUCGGGAGCUCCACCGGAUGAGUGACGGACAGCUGCCCGCUUUUAACGAGGACGGACUGCGGCAGGUUCUGCAGGAGAUGGAAGCUCUGUACGACCAGAACCAGAGUGACGUUAACGAGGCAAAAGCUGAAGGUCGAUCUGACCUCAUCGCCUCCAUCAAACUACGUCACUGCUGCUUGUUGAGGAACCAACGCUGUGUCACCGCCUACCUCUACGACCGUCUCCUGAGGAUCCGCGCUCUGCGUUGGGAGUACGGUAGCGUUCUGCCUGCUAACGUUCGCUUCCACAUGUGUGCAGAGGAGGUGCAGUGGUUCAGUCAGUACAAAAAGUCACUGGCCUCCUUCAUGCGGUCCCUUGGGGGGGGCGAGGGUCUGGACAUCACUCAGGACAUGAAGCCUCCAAAGAGCCUCUACAUCGAGGUGAGGUGUCUGAAGGAUCACGGAGAGUUUGAGAUCGACGAUGGAACCGUCAUCCUUCUGAAGAAGAACAGCCAGCACUUCCUGCCGCGGUGGAAAUGUGAGCAGCUGAUUCGUCAGGGCGUCCUGGAGCACGUGAUGUCCUGAUUCACGACGUCCCCUGAACACAACAAAGUGGAUCCUUUCCUUUUAAAUAAAUAAAGUGUUUUGUCUCCAUUCAGUCUGUAUUCAGAGUAAUACUACAGUUCAGUGGUAGAGUUGCUAAAGUACAAUUAAAGGUAUUAUUCAUGCUAAA